AUGGUUUUACCUCCGCCCCAGAGACUCUGGGUGGGGAUGCUGGUGGUAAUAGUGGCAGUGGCGGAGCUCCCCGGAGCCCUGCAGAAGUGCAUCUUUGAUGAGGUUCAGACUCAGGCCAGGGUGGUCCGAGCUGCACCCAUCCACACAGACGUCCCACCCAACGAGCCCAGACUCAGAUGGAGGGCAUCACCUCUGCCUGGCCCGUCAGUGAGGCAGAGGAGAAGUCUGGGAAAGAAAGCCACGCCCACUCCUGCCUCUCCACAGCCAAUCAGAAUCCAGAGCUGGAUUCCAAGGGAGAGCAACAACCUAUCAGAGGAGGAGAAACAGAGGCUGAAGGCAGCGAUGGAGGAGGCUGUGAGGGUGGUGUCUUCUUUACUGUCAGUGAACAGAGUACCGGUUCCGUUGCUGCUCAGCAGAGACAUCAACAAAUACUGCAAGUUUCUCUGGAGGAAUUCAAGUACUGCCAACUACAACCGGUGUGGUCGAGCCAACAGUAACUACAGAUCUGAGACCUGUCUGGAUGUGACAAUCCCAGAUGAUCAUCUGGCUGGAUGUGACAUUUACACUGAGGCGGAUUCACCUCGCAGGACUGAGCUCCGCCCUGACGGCGCUGGACUCCCCGACACCGACUUCCUGAUGUACCUCCACAUACAGGCCACUGACAAGUGUAAAUCCGAACCCAAUGUGUUGGCCUACGCUGUCCACUGCCAGACGGACGCCCACGGGCGACCUGUAGCUGGGGUGGUGGUCAUCUGCAGGGACAGACUGACAGGAGCAACAUACAACCACCAGGCUACCGUACAGACUGUGAUCCAUGAGCUGUUUCAUGCACUUGGUUUCUCUAAACAUCUCUUCCACACCUGGAGAGACUGUUCCUCUACUUCUCCAGUGGGAGCUGACUGUUUUCCUCGAGGCAAAGUGACUCACUCUGAUGAAUCGGGCCAGAUGAGGAUUUAUACCCCAUCCGUCAUUUCAGCCCUGCAGAAGCACCUGGCAUCUGCUGACCCUGAGUUAGGGGGGCCGCUAGAGAACCUGGAUGUAGCUGUGGGCAGAGUCUCCUCCCACUGGGAGGCCCGAGUGCUGCAGGGGUCCAUCAUGGCGGCGGUGCUGGGGGACUCGACCACAGUCCGAAUCGACUCAGCCACCUUGGCGGCGUUACAGGAUACAGGCUGGUACACUGUCAACUUGAGCCAGGCACAGAGUCUAGUCUGGGGAGACGGUGAAGGAGCCAUGUUUGGUUCCCUGUCAAACUGUCAGGACAGGUCCUCAUCCUUUUUCUGCACUGGCAGUGGAUUUGGGUGUCAUUAUCUUCACCUCCACAAGGGGGAGUGCCAGACUGAUCAAUACCUGGAGGGGUGUCGAGUGUAUAAACCUCUCCAGAAUGGAAGUGAAUGUUGGAAAGAGGAAAAUGGCAGGAAGUCAGCUGAAGAAGACUGGAGCGGGGAGAUCUUUGGCUCUGACAGCCGUUGCUUCUUCUCCAACCUGACCAGACAGGUGUGUGUCAGCCCUGUGGAGGGACGAUGUUACAGACACAGGUGUACUGGACCAAACAGGUACCAAAUCCAGGUGUCUGGCUCUGAAUGGGUAGACUGUCCAGCAGGUGGCACCAUUCAGAUAAAAAGAUACCAGGGUUUAGUUUCCUGCCCUGACAGGAGGUUAUGUCUGUACCCUGACGUUGCUCCUCCCUCAGACAAUGUCAAUAUAUUUCCUGCUUCUAUUACAAGGCAAGUAUGAUUUUAAACAACCACCUUCUUGAUUUACAGGAACCCUUCACCUCAUGCUAACUUUACUUUACUGCUUUUUGGUCAGUGAUCCAUGUGAGACUUUAACUUCAGCCCAGAACGGGACCUGGUCACCUCUUAGACCUCCUACAGAGCUCACUGUAGCCACAGCGCUCGGCAUCACUGCUGCUGUGUGUCUCCUGGCUGCAGUCGUGGUG